UAAACUUGCUCGGAGAUUGAUGAAAAAAUAUCAGCCGAAACAAAUAGGCUUUAAUUUACCGUCAGAUAAGUGUAAUCCCGGAGCAAAUUUACCCUUAUCGCUUUGUUUGAUCGGUGUUUCGAUCAACCGUCUCCCUGGAACGCGUUGUGGCGGACUUUUCAUUUUUGCUUCACCCGAGGACAGUGGCUUCCAAACCGAAAAGACACCUCAGCUUCGAAUAUUUUUCCAUCGAGUGCAGCUGCAGAUUUAUUGUUCAGAGGCAAAAAGAAACGGCGGAAAAAUAAACAUGUCACGCGUAAGAAACCCGACAAAGUCUACAAUCGAGAUUUCGAGCGGUUCUUCCAUCGAUUUAAAAACCUUUUCAAAGUUUUUCAAGCGGGACGGAAAACCUGCCGAUAAAGCGUCAUCGGGGCAAGGAGUUUCUGAAAAACAUGAAAAAGCACCCGUUGCGGAAUACGAAAACGAAGCGAAAGAACACGAUCACGUGGAAACGUGGAGUCUUGUCGAGCUUCGGAAGACGUGGUCGAGGAGAAUUCGCUGGCUGACUUUUGUCGGGUGUCUCGUAGCUGUCGUUGUCCAACUGUACCAGUGUUACGGCAAGUUGAGAUUGCCACCGGUUACGACGCACACUCGAUUCCACGUCAACGAUUCCCUCUGGUAUCCGGCCGUCACCAUUUGCCGAGAGCCACCCUUUCGCAUCGAAGUUUUCAACAAAUACCAUCUAGGCGCUUCCCCUAGAUUCACCUCCGAGUGGCGUUACUUCCCCUGGGACGAAAUGACCCUGGAAGAGCUCUACACGGAAGCCACCUUUCCCGCCGACGAAGUUCUUCUACUGUACGGUCUGAACGGAGAAGUUCAUCACGUCGAGCUGACGAGUGGCUUUUUCUUUGAAUCCGGUUCCUGUCACACCCUCACUCCGAAAGUGACGUCCCAGACCGCGGGUUCGGCGGCGGGUUACUCGAUCCUCGUAACCCACAGUGGAAUCGCCGACGAAGUCGCGCCGGAAAUCCCCCCGUCCGUAGGAUGGCACGUUUUCGUUCACGAGCCGAGCGAAACGUGGACGGAAAAUAAAAUGCAAAGCUUAGGCCGACAGCAAGCGUUCUACAUCGAGGUGGGUGAGGAGGUGCACGUGAGGCUAUCGGUCGAGGAAUUCCGGCAGACAAAUAUCGGCCAAUCCAGACAAUGCGUAAAUGGAUUGGAGGGCGGAGAGGUGAGAUGCGCGGAGAGAUGCAGGUGGAAACAAUUCGCCGUCGACGGUUGCGCCGCCCCUUGGCUUCCAGGACUCGAUCUCCCGGACUGCAAAACCUACAACGACACCUUGAAACUCAUUCGCAAUUAUCUCUUGUAAUACACGCAUGUAUAUCGAUUCCGAAGAAACCUCGAGGUCCUUCGAAUACCGAAUUUAAUCGCACUC